AUGCUCGCAGAGAAUCCGCCUUCGCCCAACAAUCCGAAGCUGCUAGAAGCUACCCAAGAGCUUCGCGCCAAGAUGUCCCGUCAUUUUGAGGAGCUAGAGAUUGACUCGCUCUCAAUCGCCAUUGUGUCCUCCGCUGGAUCCAUCUUCGAACACAACUGGGGCGUUCUCCGAGCCAAUGAGUCUACCUCGAAACCUGUCUCCAGCCACUCAAUAUACCGCAUUGCCUCGGUAUCGAAGCUAUUCGCUGCAUUUGAAGGGUGGGUACUACAACAGAAGGGCAGACUAUCAUGGGAUGAUCUCGUGCACAAGUACCUUCCUCAGUUUUCAUACCGUCUGGAUGGGUUUGGCACGUCAGGUCAAGUUCCUACAAUGCAAGACUACCCAAUCACAAUAUCUCAACUUGCGAGCCAUACUUCGGGUCUGGGAAGGGACUGGCCUGCUGGGACAGCUCUAGACUGGCCCCAUAUCCUUCAAGGUGGCGGCCCGCCGCCCGUCAACGGGCUCCCCUUUCCCUCUGAAGACGAGCUUUUCUCCGCCCUUGCGAGUACGCGGAUGACCUACCCGCCCGCAUUCUACCCCAUGUACUCCAAUACCGGAACUGGGCUCCUUGGCCUUACACUUGUGGCCGCGAACUGCGCUCACGAAGGGUCCGCCUCAGAUGCGCCGCAAACGUAUGCUGAACUGAUGAGGCGAGACGUCUUCGGUCCCCUCGGGCUCAACGGAAGCUCCUUCAUUGCAAGCGAUGCCAAUAAACACUUGCUGGUCGUGCCAUAUGAAGAGUCGGAUAUCGUGGACAUGGAUUUCACUGACAGGAUGAACGCUGGUGGCGGGCAGUUUGCGAGCUUAUCUGACUUCAUCAAGCUCACUCAGACGCUGCUGAAUCCGAAGAGGCACGAUGCACUAUUGACUCCUUACACGGUAUCGCGCUGGUUGAGGCCCAUCUUCUCCUUUGAGGAAGACCAUUGGACUGAGGCAGGACUUGUCUGGGAGAUUUUGAGGCAGGAGGAUAGCAACGGGCGUCCGCGCAAGAUCCUCUGGAAGUUGGGCUCUGUUGCUGGCUUCAAUACCGCAUUGGCGAUACACCCUGGCUCAGGCUAUGGGGUCUCGCUGCUCAUGAGCGGGCGCUACUCCGAUGCCGCGAAACUUGCAUAUGAAGCCUUCGCUGUAAUGCAGCCUGCAAUUGAUCAUGUGGUCGCUGAUGCUGCCAGGGAGUUGUAUGCAGGCACAUGGCGAUCAGAUGGCGAAGCCUCAUCUGCGCAUGUAGUAGUUGACAAGGGGACGCUGUUCCUCGAGGCCAUAACACUGGAUGGAGUUGACGCGCUGCGUACGCUUGGGGCGAAGGCGGGCGGGAGAUUCCCUCUGCGUUAUGCCGGACGGUACGAUGAGUUUCGAAUUGACAUGGGACGGCCGGAGAUCAAUGGUCAAAGAUACAUGGGGUGCAUGUCACAUUGGGCUGGCAUCGACGAACUGCCAAUGCUCAACGGCGCCGCGAUCAACGCGAUAUACUUUUCAGGCUCCAGGAAGGACAGGCAGUUGCAUAUUCCGUCGCUGGGCAUUGCCAUGACAAGACGCCACCAAGCCGUCGAUAGCGCGCGUGAACGGUGGCUGUCGGCAUGGCUCGGGUGA